CACUGCUGAAACAACAGCAUCUGAACUGCACUGGGAACUGUGGAACCACCCAGCUCAGCAACCAGAGCAGCAGCCUGGGUAGCGAAAGCAAGAGCAAGCAGCUUCCUUGGGCAUCCUGUCGAACUGCUGCAAGCGUGUACUCUCUCAACCUGGAGACUUUAUGUCCUUCUAGCGUGGGUACCACUGUGAGCUACCACUGAAAUGCAUUGCUGUCCAGCUCACCCUCUUGGCUUUCUGCAAGUCAUCUGAAGGAAAGUCCUCUUAUUGAUAUCCACUCCUUAAGGAUCCUGACCUGGUGGGAAUUAUGCUGGAUAUAUUUUUUUUAUGUUAUUCUCUUCUCAGCCUUGCUGCACUGAUCCAUUUCUCUUCUUCAAGCCCUCAGUCAAGUUAACUUUGCUCCUCUUUUAAGUUUUUCCUGGAUAUUGCCAAAUGGUCUCAGUUUCUGCUCUUAGUUCCUUUCCUGUCUUGGAUAGGCUUUCCCCCUCCCCACUUCAGACUGAAAUCUUCCUCCAUGAUAAUUUGGGGGCUGCUUAGAAAAUGUUGCUUCCUUGCUCAGGAACUGUAUGCAUCAGUGCAACUAAGGCUUGUGAAUGAUAGGAAAUGUGACUUGAUAUUGCACUGCUUGGGGCGUUGGUGGAGGAUCUGAGCUUUUGAUUGCAUUCUGUGAACUCAGCCUUCAUUGCCCAUCAUUAACAGUUCAAGCCAUUUUGCCAAAUUUUUUUUGUGAAUAUCAUUUCUGGACAACUACAAAAACAAAUCCUACACUUCCUCUUUAUUUUCCAUUUCUCUCUCCAGCCUCCACAUGAAUUAUAGUCUCCUUAAAUCUUAGGAGACUCUUGAGGGGAACCGAUACAAGAACCGUAUUAAAAAUCUGGAUGUGAGUGAGAGUUAUACCACAAUUUGUGAACGGUUUGUUUAAAAGUACCAUGGCCUUGAGUGGAAAUUGCAGGACUUACCUCCCUCCUAGAGAGCAGGCAACAGCUGCACACUCUUUCCCAGAAGUGAUAGAACUGAAUGUGGGUGGCCAGGUUUACUUCACUCGCCACUCAACUUUAAUAGGUAUCCCUCAUUCCCUGCUUUGGAAAAUGUUCACCUCCAAAAGGGAGACAGCCAACGACCUAGCAAAGGAUUCCAAAGGAAGGAUUUUCAUUGACAGGGAUGGAUUCCUGUUUCGCUACAUUCUGGACUAUCUCAGGGACAAGCAAGUGGUCCUGCCUGAUCAUUUUCCAGAACGAGGACGGCUCAAGAGGGAAGCCGAGUACUUUCAGCUACCGGACUUGGUCAAACUUUUGACUCCCGAUGAGAUCAAGCAGAGUCCCGAUGACUAUUGCCACAGUGAUUAUGAGGAGGUUUCCCAGAGCAGUGACACUAGAAUAUGUGCCGCAUCGUCUCUUAUGCCUUCCGACCGGAAGUGGGGCUUCAUUACCAUCGGCUACAGAGGGUCGUGCACCAUGGGUAGGGAGACCCAAGCAGAUGCCAAGUUCAGGAGAGUCCCAAGGAUUUUGGUUUGUGGCCGGAUUGCUCUAGUCAAGGAAGUUUUUGGAGAAAGUUUGAAUGAGAGCAGAGACCCAGACCGGGCUCCCGACAGAUACACUUCCAGGUUCUACCUGAAGUUCAGGCACCUGGAGAGGGCUUUUGAUAUGUUGUCGGAAUGUGGAUUCCACAUGGUAGCCUGUAAUUCUUCGGUGACAGCUUCUUUUGUCAAUCAGUACACUGAGGACAAAGUUUGGUCCAGCUACACAGAAUACGUCUUUUAUCGUGAGCCCUCAAGAUGGUCUUCAUCACAUUGUGACUGCUGCUGCAAGAAUGGCAAAGGUGACAAAGAAGGUGAAAGUGGCACAUCCUGCAAUGAACUUUCCACCUCUAGCUGCGAUAGCCAAUCAGAAGCCAGCUCCCCUCAAGAGACUGUCAUCUGUGGCCCAGUCACCCGCCAGACCAAGAUACAGACUCUGGAUCGACCCGUCAAGAAGGGCCCUGUUCAGCUCCUCCCACAGUCUGAAAUACGAAGGAAAAGUGACAGAAGUGAGCUGCUUCGAACUCUAACUUCUGGCUCACGGGAAUCCAAUGCCAGUAAAAAAAAAGCAGUGAAAGAGAAGCUCUCCAUUGAGGAAGAAUUAGAAAAAUGCAUCCAGGAUUUCCUCAAAAUCAAAAUCCCAGACAGGUUUCCAGAAAGGAAACAUCCCUGGCAAUCAGAACUAUUACGGAAGUAUCAUCUAUAGAAGUGGGCCUGGGGCACUGUAAAUUAUUGCAAUUUACAGAAUAAGAGUCUAUAUGAUAAAAAUUAAAACAUUAAUAAUAUUAAUUUGUUAGGUCAAAAAGAUUAAUCCAUUGCUAUAGUACCACCUAAUUUGCCUGUUUCACUGAAGCAUUUCUAGUCACUCUGUAAACAAUAUAUAUGUCUAUAUCUGCAAUAUAUAUAUAUAUAUAUAUUCCCCCCCCCAACAGAGGAGGGUUAACAAUGCAUUCAUUUGUUAAGCUCCGAACAUAAGUCAGUCAGAUGCUUGCAGUGCCACAUGCACGUGUGAAUUGUCCACUAAAGGACAUGUGCAGGAUGAUUGUGGCACCACCAAUGGGAGAACAAUGUCCGGGCAGAACUUGUGGUGGGUGAGGAGUUUCUAAGUCACAUGCCUUCUUGAAUUCUCUUUCCAUGUCAUUUCUCCAAAGAGGAGGUCAAGAUGGGCAGCUGCCAAUGAUUUUGAAAGAAAAAAAAUGUGUCAUGUGUCUCAGGGUCAAAGCACAUUCAGAGAAACACAUCUUUGCUGCUCUUAUACCAUUUUCCUCCAGUCAAUGUGGUCAGCUUUGUUUGUAGCGCCAGAGUUAGACGUGCAAAAGAAGCCAUUGUUUACAUUCCAGAGGUAAUCCUGAUGAUACACAUGCUUCCCCUUCCAAACAUGUUUUCACAACUACACCUUUUUUGCCACUCGGGGGAAACUGAUUUUCUAGAAAUAGAUUUCUCUGAACAUGUGCUUUGGCCCUUAGUUUGCAUUGAGAAAGAGUGUGUAUAUAUAUGUCUGUGUGCCACAUAAAUUAUUUCCCUCCUUUAACUAUGUGUUCUCACAAAAACAGCUGCUAGAAAUCAUCGGGCAGCUCAUUUACUCUGUGGACGUCUGUACAGAUUAAACCUGUGCUCCUGU